AUGAAAGACACCAUGGCAAGACAGCAACUAUCGGCAUGGAAUUGAUGGAUGGAUGCAUCGAUGGAUCAAUUGAUGGAUGGAUGCAUCGAUGGAUCAAUUGAUGCAACGUCUGACAUUUCUGCGAAUCAUUUUUCAUUCGCAUGUCGUAAUUUGUGUCAUGCCAGUUACAUUGAACACCGAAUUCACGAGCUUAGUACUAACGAAGCAUUUUUUUCUUUACAAUUUUCAACCUACAACUAUCGACUUUUUCUGUAACGAUUUGCUCAACCUUUCAGCUAUUUUAAAAUGGGUCGCGUUAUCCGUGCUCAGAGGAAGUCUGGUGGCAUUUUCAAGUCCCAUACCACCCACCGCAAAGGUGCUGCUAAGUUGAGAUCCCUCGACUACGCUGAACGCAACGGCUACGUUCGUGGAAUCGUCAAGGAAAUCAUCCACGAUCCCGGUCGUGGUGCUCCCCUCGCCAAGGUUGUUUUCCGCGACCAAUACAAGUACCGUCUUCGCACCCAAAUCUUCAUUGCCACCGAAGGUAUGUACACCGGUCAGUUCAUCUACUGCGGAAAGAAGGCCUCCCUUUCCGUUGGCAACGUCCUUCCCGUUGGCUCCAUGCCCGAAGGUACCAUCAUCUGCAACGUUGAGGAGAGAGAUGGUGACCGUGGUGCUCUUGCCCGUACCUCUGGUAACUACGCUACCGUUAUCGGUCACGGUGACGACGGUAAGACCCGUAUCAAGCUUCCCUCUGGUUCCAAGAAGGUUGUCUCCUCCGGUGCCCGUGCUGCUAUUGGUAUCGUUGCCGGUGGUGGUCGUAUUGACAAGCCUUUGCUCAAGGCUGGUCGUGCUUUCCACAAGUACAAGGCUAAGCGUAACAGCUGGCCCAGAACCCGUGGUGUUGCCAUGAACCCCGUUGACCAUCCUCACGGUGGUGGUAACCACCAACAUAUUGGUAAGGCCUCUACCAUUCCUCGUGAUGCCUCUGCUGGUCAAAAGGUCGGUUUGAUCGCCGCCCGCAGAACUGGUUUGUUGCGCGGUAGCAAGAAGCUUAAGGAGUAGAUUGAAUAAACCCAUUUCCAUAGCCGCCAAUAAAAUCUUUACACACAGACGCUUCCUCAAAACAACCAUACUUCUGCGUUCAUUUGUUUAUACUAGCGGAUUGACCCGUAUAAUGUUAUGGAG